UGUGUAGCACCUUUAAGUACUAAAUGACAACUUAUCAUGUUCUAUCAUGAAGUGUCCAUUCAGUAAUUGGAGAACAUGUCUUGACAUGAUGGAGAUGUGUGAGCUUCCUUAGAUGUGGGCUGGUACUUGCAGAAGAAAACCUAUUACCUGUGGUUGGUUGUUUGUUACCUGUGUCCAAUAUCCAUACAAUUCAGUUCACAACCAAUGUGUUUGGUUAUACAGUGGCCUGUGUUAAAGCCUUUCUUUUGUUGCUAAACAUCCUCAAAAAAACUAAGGAUGGCACCAGAAAAGGGGCCGUCUCAGGUGAACCAAAAUAACAAAACACAACGGUUUCCGUAGCUGAGAAAAUGUGCAUCUAUGUCUGUCUGUCUGGAGCACGCCCUCCGGUUUCUCUCAUCCCAUAUCAUCAACAACCACGUUCCUCCUCUGUAUUCAUUGGGGAGACAUGAGAGUGGCCGGCUGGUGCGGUCUAGGACAGUGAAAAUUCCACAACGAGACUUUUCGAAGGAGCAGGCAGGCAGCAAAAUCUGCAUUCUCAAGUUGAAAGCGCAUGUUUCGGUUCUGGGUCGCAAACCUACAGCCAACAAGGAUAUCCUAUCCAAGGAGCUGCCUUGUGAAGGCUGGGGGUACGGGACGAGCUACACAGAUGGGAAAGACAGGAGAAGAGACAGGGGCUGAUGGUAGCAUGGUGUCAAUCGCUGACUACUACGCAGGCAAGAAUGUGCUGAUCACUGGCGCCACGGGCUUCAUGGGCAAGGUGCUGGUGGAGAAACUGCUGCGGUCCUGUCCAGAGGUCCAAACCCUCUACCUCCUGGUCAGACCCAAGGCUGGACAGUCCAUGCAGGAACGGGUCAGCGACAUGAUGAAGUGCAAGCUGUUUGACUGCGUGAGGGAGGACAACCCAGACUUCCACCAGAAGAUAGUUCCUAUCAGCAGUGAGUUGACACAGCCUGCCCUGGCCAUCAGUCCUGAGGACGUAGAGAGACUGACCUCCUGCGUCAACAUCAUCUUCCACUGUGCUGCCACUAUCCGCUUCUACGAACCCCUCAAACACGCCCUGCAGCUGAAUGUGAUGGCCACGCAGCAGCUCCUGAAUCUGGCCCAGCAGAUGCACAACCUCCAGGCCUUCAUCCACAUCUCCACAGCCUACGCCAACUGCAACCGCAGGCACAUCGACGAGAUCAUCUACCCACCGCCUGUAGAACCCAAGAAGCUCAUCGACUCCCUGGAGUGGAUGGAGGACAGCAUUGUCCGUGACAUCACACCGCGCCUCAUCGGGGAGCACCCCAACACCUACACCUACACCAAAGCCCUGGCAGAGUGCGUGGUUCAGAAGGAGAGCAGCAAGCUCAGCAUCGGCAUCAUCAGACCCUCCAUAGUGGGAGCCAGCUGGCAGGAGCCUUUCCCUGGUUGGAUCGACAACUUCAAUGGACCAAGCGGAGUCUUCAUCGCUGCGGGGAAGGGCAUCCUGCGCACCAUGAGAGCCAACAAUGAUGCGGUGGCGGACCUCAUCCCUGUGGACGUGGUCAUCAACCUGACCCUGGCCGCUGGCUGGUACACGGCAGUGCACAGACCCAAAGCAGCGCUGGUUUACAACUGCACUACAGGCGGCAUCAACCCUUUCCACUGGGGAGAGAUCGAGCACCAUGUGAUGUCCAGUUUCAAGAGGAACCCUCUGGAGCAGGCUUUCAGAAGGCCCAACGCCAACAUCACCUCCAACUACCUGAUGAACCAGUAUUGGAUCCUGGUCAGCCACAAGUUCCCUGCCCUCAUCUAUGACCUCUACCUGAGACUGUCUGGACAGAAGCCCCAGAUGAUGCAUAUCUUCAACCGGCUGCACAAGGCCAUCGGCCUGCUGGAGUACUUCAGCAGUCAGGACUGGGAGUGGAACUCCGAGAACAUGAACAUGCUGAUGAGCCACCUCAGCCCUGAGGACAGGAAGACAUUCAACUUUGACGUGCGUCAGCUGAACUGGCCAGAAUACAUAGAGAACUACUGCAUCGGCACCAAGAAGUACGUUCUGAAUGAAGACAUGUCCGACAUCCCUGCAGCCAGGCAACACCUCAGGAAGCUGAGGAACAUCCGCUACACAUUCAACACUCUACUGCUGGUCUUCAUCUGGAGGGUGUUCAUCGCCCGCUCUCAGAUGGCUAGGAACAUCUGGUACUUUGUGGUCAGCCUCUGCUUCAAGUUCCUCUCCUACUUCAGGGCCUCCAGCACACUCACCAACUGAUGACCAACUGACCGUUGACCAGCUGAACGCCCUGCUCGCCUCCUCAACCAGACCACACCCCUCAGACCUCCAGCAGCACACAACCCCACUCCUCAACCAGACCUCCAGCAGCACCCAACCAGACCCCUCAGACCUCCAGCAGCACCCAACCAGACCCCUCAGACUUCCAGCAGCAUCCAACCCCACUCCUCAACCAGACCCCACCCCUCAGACCAGCAGCGGCACACAACCCCACUCCUCAACCAGACACUGUUCCUUCUGACCCUGUUGUACGUCAUACAGUAAAACCACUAUGUAAGUGUUAUUUCUUUUCGAACUACGGCUUUUCUUAAAGCGACAGAUUACAUAUGCAACAAACCCAUUGUAUACUCUCCCCACGUUUUUGCUCAUAGUUUACGUCCUCCCCAACCCAGAUACAAUGUCUUGGAAUAGAGGAUUUGUUUUUGCAUACUUAAAAUACUGUAUGUCAGGCCUCCACUGAAAGACAAUUUCUGUACAUUGACUCUUAAUGUGUGAAUGCUGAGAUAUCCAUGGCCUCUCUUCUUCCAUGGGCGAUGUGUUUUUACCUUGUAUUGGUUUGUACUGACAGAAUAUUUGGGAACCUGUACUCUGUAGCGAGGCCAGCUAAGGAUAUCCGAGAGUAACUUCAGUGUUGAUCACAUUAAGGGCUCUAUUCAAUCUGUGAAGUUGAAGCACUAUAAAUUGAAAAAAUGCAAAAGCAGGAACAUUCCCCUUGUUUCAAUCAUGCUGUAAAGCUGAACUUCUGUGAUGCGGAUUGAAUGGAGCCCUAAAUCUUGACCACUGAAGACUGCUCCUGUAGUACUAACAUCCGACCUGGUUGACGACUACUGAAUAUUGACAUCGGUAUGAUUGACACAACGCAUAAGACACAUUUUUUGUUUUACUGUUUGUCCACUUUUUGCCUGUUUUGUACAGCAGUUUAUAUUGAAACUAAGUUUACUAGUUUUUCAUCUUUAUAAAUAAUUGCGUCAAACUAAGGCUUGUCUUAAGUGGUACGGCGCAUUCGGAAAGUAUUCAGACCCCUUGACUUUUUCCAAAUUUUGUUAAAUUACAGCCUUGUUCUAAAAUUGGUUAAAUGUUUUUCCUCAAUCUACACACAAUACCAAAGCGAGGUUUAGACAUUUUUGAAAAUGUAUUAAAUAAAAAACAGAAAUACCCUAUUUACAUAAGUAUUCAGACAUUUGCUAUGAGACUCAAUUGAGCUCAGGUGCAUCCUGUUUCCAUUGAUCAUCCUUGAGCUGUUUGUUCAACUUGGAGUCCACCUGCGGUAAAUUCAAUUGAUUGGACAUGAUUUGGAAAGGCAUACAACUGGCUAAGGUCCCACAGUUGACAGUGCAUGUCAGAGCAAAAACCAAGCCAUGAGGUCGAAGGAAUUGUCCGUAGAGCUCUGAGACGGGAUUGUGUUGAGGCACAGAUCUGGGGAAGGGUACCAAUUGAAGGUCCCCAAGCAUUGAAGGUCCCCAAGAACACAGUGGCCUCCAUAAUUCUUAAAUGGAAGAAGUUUGGAACCACCAAAACUCUUCCUAGAGCUGGCUGCCCAGUAAUCGUCACGUCUGGAGGAAACUUGGCACUAUCCCUACGGUGAAGCAUGGUGGUGGCAGCAUUAUGCUGUGGGGAUGUUUUUUAGUGGCAGGGACUGGGAGACUAGUAAGGAUAGAAGGAAAGAGGAAUGGAGAAGUACAGAGAUCCUUUAUGAAAAACCUGCUCCAGAGCGCUCAGAACAUCAGACUGGGGCCAAGGUUCACCUUCCAACAAGACAACGACCCUAAGCACACAGACAAUGCAGAAGUGGCUUCGGGACAAGUCAAUGAAAUGUCUGUGGCCCAGCCAGAGCCCGGACUUGAACCCGAUCAAACAUCUCUGGAGAGACCUGAAAAUAGCUGUGCAGCAACGCUCCCCAGCCAACCUGACAGAGCUUGAUAGGAUCUGCAGAGAAGAAUGGGAUAAACUUCACAAAUACAGGUGUGCCAAGCUUGUAGCGUCAUACCCAAGAAGACUCAAGGUUGUAAUCGCUGCCAAAGGUGCUUCAACAAAGUACUAAGUAAAUUUGCUCAAAUUUAUAAAGACCUGUUUUUGCUUUGUCAUGGGGUAUUGUGUGUAGUUUAAUCAAUUUAAGAACAAGGCUGUAAUGUAACAAAGUGUGGAAAAAGUCAAGGGGUCUGAAUACUUUCCGAAUGCACUGUAGAUGGUGACAGUAUCAUAUAUAAACAAGUUUAGAAGAUGUGUAAAUAGUUCUAUUAUUUUUCUAGAUGACUUAAACGAGUAGUAUUUGAGGGUUGAUUCUGCAGGAGUCUGACUACCACAGAGAUCCCAGACUAGAUCUGAAGUGUUACUUGUGGCAGACAGCAGCAGUCCAUUUUUUAACGAGAUGAUACAUCUAUAUACAGUAUCAAUGGUAGAAGUCUUGACUAAAUGUACCUCAAAUCCUCCCUCUGGAAAAACAUGUUUCUAUGUGAGCCAGUAAUGCUGUGCAACAAUAAUGACCAUCCUUUCCUAAAUUCAGUGAGGGACUAUGAACCAAAUGCAUGCCCAACACAAAUGGCUUUUCCUCUACAAUGAAGUUGAACAAAAUGUCCUGCUUUUUAUGGAUCUUGGCAUCUGUCAUGUUGAGAACAAAGCAGUGUCUUUGUUAUGAUACAUAGUGGAAGCAGAGCACUGUGGGUAGAUCAGGCUAACUGGGCAGUGUUCUGUGAACUGCAACACUUACAACUUUAUUUUGUUUGAAAUGUAAUUGGCAAAUGACCCUCUAUUCCUGCUCUGAAAACACUUAAAGUUGGUUUGGCAAAACAUGAAUAAACCAAAAGACAAAUUG